AUGAGUAAGAUCUAUAAAACAGUGCAAAAGUUACCAGACCAAACUGAUUUGGCACAAUUAAUCAAGACUCAAACUGAGGGCGCUGGUAUGUUAGAAGGUGUUGAAGACAUUAACACACCAGCCGUGGGAGACAAACCAUCUGUUCAUAAAGGUUUGUCGGCUGUGAGUGUUGCUGCGUUUUUAAACAAUAGUCAGAUUUCUCAAGCUGAUAAAGAUAUUUUUAUUGCAAUGCUGCAAACCAGAGGUUCCCCAAUGAAAUCGACAAAUGGAGUUCCCAAGCAAAAAACGAUUGCGGAUAUCAGAUAUUCUCUUAAGAGUUUUGAUUAUUUCGAUGGGGAAGGUGGAAACAAAGUCACCAUGGACACUUGGGCUAGAAGGCUUCGCUUUAAAAUCGGGAAAGUACAGCUCCAAGGUGCAGACGCUGUUGAUUUGUUAGGUGACCUUUUAACAGGUUCUGCAGCAAACUGGUUCUUCGAUAACAUCGAGAAAAUCCCAAACUAUGAAACUAAGGACUUCCAUUUCUUUGUAGAUUUGAUUGUAGAUAAAUACAAAUGGAAAGAUUACGCCAUUGAUAAGACGGAACGGAUCAAGAAUCAUAGGAUCCAGACUCCCGAAGAUGUAUUCAAGUUCGAACAGCUUGUUUCAGCUUUAGGUGAUGGUUACUUCACUGACGAUGCUGUAAAGUGUUUGUUUAUAUCAUCACUUCCAGAAGAUUUAAAGCUUUACGCUAAAUUGAAUGUACCUAUUUCAGCUGACGCAGCGUAUAAUUGGGCAAUUCCUCUUUUACAGGAUAGAAGGAUCGAGAAGAGAUCUCGAUCUGACAAUACUUAUCAACAAAGGAAGAAGAUAAAGGUGAACAAGGUUAAUAAAAAGCGUUCCCAUUUUGGUAAAUUGGGGCAUGAUGACAGUACUUGUUGGACUCUUCACUCGAAAAACGACUCCAAACAGGUUUAG